AACUAUUAAAGUCAUCAUCAUAAUCAUUAUUAAUCGCAUAAACAACAUUCAAACAUAUAUAUUGAUAACCAAAGACCUCUAAAACGCAUAAACGCAUUACAUUAUUCAUACCAAACAAUCAUUUCAUCCAAAAACAUUAUUUAAACGCAAAUUAUUAAAUUAUUCAUAAAAUUAAUAACAAAAUGUUACAUCCACAUUCAUUCGUGCAAUCAAUUGCCCAUAUUAAUGAUUCGGGUACAUUUGAAUCUAGUUUUGAGGUUAAAUACAUACAAUCAACACCGCAACGUCAAAAGAAUCGCAGUCGUCUCAACGAUUGCGAACGCGAACAUUUGCGUCGUUUUGUUAGAGAAUUUGAAGAAUUGCAAGCUUGCAAUAGUAGCGCAAAAUCGACACCAAAGAAAUUUAAACGACUUUUCUUGCAACACGAUCAUUUAGUCAAUAUUGGUAAUACGGAAAGUAGCAGGAGUGUGGGUCAGACGACAAUAUGUUCCAGAGAUAAUAUACAGCAAUAUUUUCUACCACCCACUCCCUCAAUAUCGCCCUCUUCGAGUAGAUCUAGUUCACCGGUAUUAGAACACUUAGAUAUGGGCUGUAAACCUUUAGGCUGUUGUGAUGACGAGGAGGACCCCUCCAAUCAUGACGAUAGUCAACCUUUGACAACUGAUGAAGAUAUUGCUAAUUGUUCCGUUGAAUCAUCAUCUAAUUUCGAUUUGCAUCCGCCUAUAUUGCCCUCAUUUAAAAUGACACCACCACCAGUAGCAGCGGCAGCAUCUGCUAAACAACAACAACGUAAUGCUGCCUACGAAUUGGCUAGAUUUUUACGUGGUUCAUUUCAUGUCAAACGCGCCAAGAUAACAAACUUACGUCGUUCACUUAGUGAUAAUGAAAAUUUACAAAAUACUGAUUUACCCCCAACACAAAUGCUUACGUCAAAGCCCAGCCGCACUGUGACGUCAACAGAAUCAAAGCCAAAAAAGAAAGUAUUAGAGGAUACAACAAAUAAUCCGAGAACAAGAAUAGGAAGUACUUCAAGUAUUUGUACCCGCUUAUUUCCCGGCAAUACUUCACCAUUUCGCCGUGUCUGGGAACAAUCCUCAUUACGUACACCUCGCUCCGAUAAAUAUGCUUUAAGUGGUGCUAAGCAAAAGAGUCCCGGUUUACGUUGUUCAGCUUCCAUGAUUACAACAGAAAGUAAUGUCUUUAGUCAUACAUCCUCAGAUCCCAAACUGUGCUCACACAUUAAAACAUCACCGAGUGCUAAUCAGAAAAUGCCUAUGCGUACACAAUCGGAAAAGUUGAUAAACUCCCAAAGUAAUGGCGUCAAAUCAUGGGCCAAUUCUUUUGAACAUUUACUGCAGGAGCCAGCAGCAUUGGCCACAUUUGCAGAAUUCUUGAAAUUGGAAUUUUCUGCUGAAAAUAUUUACUUUUGGACUAGUUGUGAACGUUAUCGUAAUACGGAAAGUCUCAGUGAGCGUCAGGCUCAGGCUAAGCAAAUAUUUCAAAAAUAUUUAGCAAAUGGAUGUCGUGAGCCCGUCAAUUUGGAUUCGCAGACACGCAAUCUCACCGAGGAUAUGUUAAAAAAUGCCGAAAGUAAUUUAUUUGUAGCGGCACAAAAGCAAAUAUUUCAUUUAAUGAAAUUCGAUAGUUAUCAACGUUUUAUACGUUCCGAUUUAUAUAAGAAUUGUGUGCUAGCAGAGGAAAAAGAUCAACCUUUACCAUAUGGUGCUGAAAAUUUGGAUGCUUUAUUAAAGACAAAUUUUUUACAAAGUGCCUCACCAAAGUUAAAAAAAUCAGCCAGCAACGCCGAAGAUCGCCGCCGUAAAUUAAUCUUACCUUGGCAUCGCAAAACAAGAAGUAAAUCCCGUGAUCGUGUGGAUCUGUUAAAUGAAGAACAUUCCCUAGCUAAUAAUGAUAAUAACUCUUCCGAUGGCAGUUCGAAUGGUUUAAAUACUCUUCUAGUACCCUCCUCUAAACUGACCCAACUCUCUUCUACUCUACCUCCUCCACAAACCAAACCAUCUGCUGAAAGCUCUGAUAGUCAAAUACAAAAUCUAAGAUCGUCUCUACCAACUUCCCUUAAAGCAGUAGAAAUUGGCUGCACUCUAUGUCGGGUUAAAUUCUGUGAUGGUGCCACCACCAUUGUGCAGAUAAAACCCAACGAGACCAUACAACAAUUGGUAGAACGUGUCUUGGAAAAACGUGGCUUACGCUACAAGCUGUACGAAGUGGUCAUUAAAGGUCACAAUAAAGCCAUGGAUUUGCAAGCAUCCACUCAGGAGCUGGCCGGCGAAGAAGUAGAAAUCGAACAGCGUGUCGCUUUUAAACUCUAUUUACCGGAUCCUAAAGUUAUUUCAGUUAAAAGUAAACCAAAGAAAUAUUUACACGAAGUAGUGAGACCUAUUCUACAGAAAUACAAUUAUGAUUUGGAGGCGGUCGAUGUUUUGCGUCGUGAUAAUCAAGAAAAAAUAGAUUUAAGUCAACUGGUAACAACGGCCGAUGGUCUACGUUUACAGAUUGUGCUGGUAAAAAAGACUUUAGAAACGAAAAGCAGUAUGUUGGACUAUCAGAAUGAUAAUAUUUCCAUGAAAUGGUUGAAAUCUAAAGAAUUGGCAAAUGAAAUAGUGGCACGUAAUGCCAUGGGCAAUAGUUUUCGCAAUAAUUUACGCAGUUCGCAAAAUAAUUUAGAUGCAAUCACCAAUAGUAUUUUUAAUGAUAUUAUACAGGAUAAAGCAAAUCCAGAAUCUAAACUACAGACGACGGAUCAGUAUUCUAUAAAGUCUGAUGAAUGCGGUUCAGAAGCCUCGUCAAUGUUUGGCACCUUGAACAGUAAAAAAGAUGGUCAAGUCAUGUCAAUGUUACGACUGAAAAAUAAACCAUAUGCGUCCAAUAAUCAACAACAUUCCAUGGAAGCUAAUGUCUCCUCAUAUAGUUCUCAAACAUCAAAUGAAUUUAAUAAACCCAUCAUAGCCAAACUGAAGGCAGGUGUAAAAUUACAAGUUACCGAAAGAGUGGCAGAAAAACAAGAUGAACUACUCCUAAGCUUAAAAACACGUUUGGAUAAUCAUAUCUCCGUAGAAAAUAAUAAUGACAAUAACAAUGAAUCUGAUCAAAUAUCUGCAGUAAAUUUACGACGCAUAAGAGCUAAUUUAAGUCCGGUUAAUAAAACAAAUCCCCUUAAUGAACUUCCAUUAAGCCUAGAAAGACCACAGCCUUUAACUAGACAUUCUUUAGGCAAUAAAUUGCCUUCAAAUAGACAUUCUACCGAAUCAAUUAAAACGCAAAAUGAAAGUGAUUGUACAACAAUAAAUGCAGCUAAUAAAGGACCACCACCUUUACCACCAAAACCAAAGGUUCUACCAACAAAACCCUCUAAUUGGGGUUUUAAUAUCUCUGACCAAACAACACUCCAAUAGCAAUAUUACUGAAUUUUUUAUACUUAUUUAUGUAUGUUUUUUUGUUAAUUUAUCUAUAUGUAAUUUUAACCAAAUAAUCGUUAUUUUGUAUAUAAAAAUAUUUAAUUUUUUUCUUAUUUUUAAAUUAAACAAUAAAAUAUAUGAAAAGUAUUC